AACUCAUCAAUAAAAAUGGAACUACUACUUGUCCUUGUUGCAAUCACUCUUCCUCUGUUUUUGCUCCUACUUAAAAAUUACAAUGCCAGCAAGUCGAAUCGGCACGCACCAGGUCCCCAUGGCCUCCCGUUGAUCGGAAACAUGCACCAGUUCGACAGCUUAAACACUCACCUCUACUUGCACCAGCUCUCCAAAGAGUAUGGUCCUCUCAUUUCUUUGAAGUUAGGCUCAGUUAAAAUCCUAGUGGUUGCCUCUGUGAGCGCCGCGAAAGAGGUCUUCAAAUUCCAUGAUCUUUGUUUUUCGAAUAGGCCCUCCUCAGUUGCCAUCCAGAAGCUCCGGCCCUGGUCUUACAACAAGCUAGGCUUUAGUUUCGCGCCAUAUGAUGAGUACUGGAGGAGCAUGAGGAAAUUCUCUGCUCUGCAUCUCUUUAGUGCUAAGAGGUUGAGGUCAUUUCAACCUAUUCGCGAUGAAGAAAUUGCACGAAUGGUCAGAACGAUAGGUGAUGCAGCUGCAGCUGAUUCCGGGGUAGUAGAUUUGAGCAAAACUUUUAUGACUUUGACAAGCUCGAUUAUAUUUAGAAUCACUUUUGGGAAAAGAUAUGAUGAUCAAGAAGAUUGUCCAGAGGAUGGGAAUAAUAUGAGGAGUCAAUUUCAUUGGCUACUUGCUGAAACUCAGGCCAACGUUGUAAGUUUCUUUCUUACAGAUUAUUUUCCUCUAAUGGGUCGAUUUCUUGAUAGAGUAAGCGGUGCAUGGGCUCGGUUGGAAGAGAGUUUUAGCCAAACAGAUGCUUUUUAUCAACAACUCAUCGAUGAACAUCUUCAUGCAUCCACUGUAUCUACUACUGGAGACUGCAGCAUCCUUGACAUCUUGCUUGAGAUGAAAAAGGAUUCCCCUGUUUACACGUUUGAUCACGUCAAAGCAAUAUUAAUGAAUAUUAUAGUUGCCGCAACAGAUACAACUGCAGCAGCUAUAACUUGGGCCAUGACUUUGUUAAUCAAGAAUCCCGCAUCCAUGAAAAAAGUGCAACAAGAGGUUAGAGAUCUAGCCCGACAGAAAGGAUUUGUCGAUGAAGACGACAUCCAAAAACUUGUUUAUCUCAAAGCAGUCGUGAAGGAGGCGAUGCGAUUGCACCCCCCUGCUCCAAUUCUGCAUCGAGAAACCACUGAAAAAUGUGUGGUAAGUGGCUAUGACAUCGAAGCUAAAACAUGUGUUUACGUGAACACGUAUGCUAUCGGAAGGGAUCCUGAAUGUUGGGACAAUCCAGACGAGUUCUUGCCCGAAAGAUUUAUUGAAAGCAGUAUUGAUUUUAGAGGGCAUGAUUUUGAGCUGAUACCAUUCGGAGCAGGGCGGAGAAUAUGUCCAGGAAUAUCAAUGGGAGCUGCUACCACAGAGCUGGUUCUUGCUAAUCUUCUCUACUCUUUUGACUGGGAACUGCCUGCGGGUAAAAAUAGGGAAGAUAUUGACAUGGCCACGAAGCCUGGCUUAACCGUGCACAAGAAGAACCAUCUCUGUCUUGUACCUAAAAUUAGUGAUCAAGUAUCACGCAUGCUUAUCUAAAGCUGUGAUGCAUUGUCAUGGGUUGGGCCAUGCAAUGAUGCUAGUUCCACUCAUGUAAUAUAUGGCAUACAGGACUUGAUUGUAUCCAGAAAUAAUUUGCGAUAACUUCCUUAAAUAAUUACUUAAAUAAAAAUAAUUUCAGCAAUG